UUGUGCAUUGUACAAUAGCACAAUGCGAAGGCAUGCUUGAAUUAAUGAAUAACGCAAGAAACACGAUUCGUAUGCCGAAAUAUUGUGAAAAACUAUUUCAACCUUUUGAUUCCUCUGUAACCAACUCAGACCAAAUAAAAAAGUGAGGUUGUGUUUCAAUAAUUCACAGAAGAAUGAGGUUGUGUUUCAAUAUUUUGCCUCCAGGGUCGGUCUUCGUGCACGCGACCUAUUGGUCGAAAUAAUUCUUCUUCAAAUUUCAUUCGAUGGCCUGCCACUGGCCUGGCACAGAAAAUAGAAGAAGAAUAAUAAGUAGAAGACUUGAAGAAACUGGGUUAUAUUAAGGAAAUUGAAAAUCCUACAAAUCCUAUGAAAAAAAUACCCAAUCAAAUUGAUCUGGUAUCUGGUUUUGUGGUUUGGGUUGGGUUUUCAUUCCACACGAAGAACUGAUAAUUAGAUAGUGAUUGUGCUAUGAUGAAAUAUAUGUAAUGAACCAGUUCUAUAACGAAAGUUUCCUAUAAUCACUGUCUUCUCCUGAGUUGUCUCUGAUUUCAGCAGAAAUGUCUACAAAGCACUUGACAAUAGGUUCAGAAGACCCACCCAGAAAGGAUGGCUUACUGAGAAUUUAUGCAAUGAAAUUUUGUCCUUAUGCUCAAAGAGCUCUGUUGGUUUUGAAAGCAAAGCAAAUACCCCAUGAAGUUGUUUAUAUCAGUUUGUUCCAGAAGCCAGAAUGGUAUCAUAAGAUACAUCCAGAAGGUAAAGUACCAGCCCUUGUUGAUGGCUCCAAUGUAAUUGUCGAAAGCACAGAUAUCUGUGACUACUUGGAUGAAAAGUACCCAGAAAAUCCAUUGUACCCUGCUGAACCAGAGGCCAAGAACAGAGACAAGGAAGUAAUCAAACUUGUGGCCCCUGUUACAAAUGCUUUUGCCAGGUGUGCCUUCACUGAUGAAAUCAGGUCUCCUGAGGCAUGGCUCAAGCUGUUUUUGUCCCCCUUGCAGGAUUUGGAGGAUGAGCUUGCUAACAGAGGAACCAAGUUUUUUGGGGGAGACAAACCUGGCAUGAUUGAUUUUAUGUUGUGGCCUUGGGCAGAACGUUCUGGUUGUAUAGGAAUCAGAUUGGGCUACAAAUUGCCCUUCAAAGAUGAGGAUAUUCCAUUGAUACGGCAGUGGAAGAAGGACAUGGGCCAACAGCCUGUCUGUCAGGAACUGCUUGUUAAUGGGGAGAGAUUUUGGAAGAUUGCUUCUUGUAAGCUCACUGGGAUUGAACCACCCUAUGAUGAAGUUUAAAUAAUACUUAUGGACCCUGAAUAAUCCAGGAUAUAUUAUAUCAUCAGAUGAUUAAUUUACUCUUCUACAUGCUCUUCCACUCUUUGUUCAAAUUUAGUCUUAAUUUUUUAUUUUUAAACUUAUGUGCAAUAAACUGUGAUGCUUAUACAUUCUGUGUAUGAUAUCAUUUCCAAAUAAAUGUUGAUUAAUUCAAUGCAAU